ACCAGUCGGACUCAGAGGGAGAACUAGGAAACAGGGGCCGCACAAUUAAGUACAGUAACUUACGAACGAGGGGAGGCGACGAAGAAGGAAAACAAAGCAGUGUUUGUUCCCAGGAGCACCCGUGAUCCCUUUUGCUGUCUUGACAAAUCGGGGGAAACUAGAGAAAACACCGUUUACAAGACGUAAGAGGAAGAGUGUGGCAGCUCGAGGGUUUGUGUUCAGAGCAGAGGAUCCCAGCAGGACAACAGGUGGACAGUCCGCUCCCUGGUUGCUCGUGGUAACUCUGCGCCAUGCCUUUCCCCUUUGGCAAGUCCCACAAGUCGCCGGCGGACAUCGUCAAGAACCUUAAGGACAGCAUGACGGUGCUUGAGAAGCAUGACAUUUCUGACAAAAAGGCUGAGAAGGCUACAGAGGAGGUGUCAAAAAGCCUGGUGGCCAUGAAAGAGAUCCUGUAUGGGACUAAUGAGAAAGAGCCCCAAACAGAAGCAGUGGCCCAGCUUGCCCAGGAACUCUACAACAGUGGCUUGCUCAGCACUCUGAUAGCCGAUCUGCAACUUAUCGACUUUGAGGGUAAGAAAGAUGUGGCCCAGAUCUUCAACAACAUCCUUAGGCGUCAGAUUGGCACUAGGACGCCCACGGUGGAGUACCUCUGCACCCAGCAGAAUAUCCUCUUCAUGUUGCUUAAAGGGUAUGAGUCUCCAGAGAUUGCCCUAAACUGUGGUAUUAUGUUGAGGGAGUGCAUCAGACAUGAACCGCUGGCCAAAAUCACACUGUGGUCAGAGCAGUUUUAUGACUUCUUCAGAUACGUGGAGAUGUCCACAUUCGACAUCGCCUCAGACGCAUUUGCCACUUUCAAAGACCUCCUCACAAGACACAAGCUACUGAGUGCCGAGUUUCUGGAGCAACAUUACGACAGAUUCUUUAGUGAAUAUGAGAAGUUACUCCACUCAGAAAACUACGUGACUAAAAGGCAGUCCCUCAAGUUACUCGGAGAGUUGCUUCUGGACCGGCACAAUUUCACCAUAAUGACGAAAUACAUCAGCAAGCCAGAGAAUCUCAAACUAAUGAUGAACCUGCUACGGGACAAGAGCCGCAACAUCCAGUUUGAGGCUUUUCAUGUUUUUAAGGUGUUUGUGGCCAACCCCAACAAGACGCAGCCCAUACUGGACAUCCUGCUGAAGAACCAGACCAAACUCAUCGAGUUUCUCAGCAAGUUUCAGAACGACAGAACGGAGGAUGAACAGUUCAAUGAUGAAAAGACUUACCUGGUCAAACAGAUCAGGGACCUCAAGAGGCCUGCCCCUCAGGAGGCCUGAGGAAGGGUGCAGAGGUGGGGGGGAGGAGCCACCAGGACCAUGUCUGGAUACCAUCCAGACAAUGUCUGCUUAACGGACCCAUCAGCAGCUGCUGUUCUGGUUUCUGAACAAAAAUUGAGGAAACAAAUGAAAAACCAACGUACCCAUUUCAACUCAUCAGGAAGUUGCCAGCUCCUCUGCUCCUCAGUGAACAUUUGAUGAUAUUCUUUCUUUUUUCAGUCUUUUUCCUUCAAAAGAAAUAAGAGAAAAUAAUAGAUGCUGCUGCUUUCUUGCACAUUGAGACAUGUAAGGUAUAUAAUAAUGACACAACAGUCCAUCAAACAUAGUGACAUAAAAUAUUUGUGCAUCCAAAGUAAGGCAGACUUCCUGAUAGACAGAUGCACAUACAAAACACACCCUAUGAACAAAAGCAGACACAUGUUUACACGCAUAUAUAAAUUAGAUUUAAAAACAUGCAUACACACAUACUGCAAGAAUAUCAGCUAAAACCUUGUGAUGGAAAUGGUACGAGAGACUUGAACAUUGGUGUGUUUGUUGCAUGCCUUGAAAUGUGACAGAUCCAUGGCUGUACCCAGUGUCGGCUCUGUGAUGGCCUGCCCAGUCUGGCUCCCAUGUUCAGUGCCACAGACUCGGAAACGCACGUGCAUCACAGUAACCGCUACAGUUUGCAUCUAUGCCUUCAUCCAAUAAAGCAACAGUGGUUCAUUCUAGCGAUUUGUGGGGACAAGCUCUCAGAGGCCAUCACACAGAACCAUUUACCUCCCGUGUGCUUUGUUACGACACAGCACUUGAAGCACAUGAGGAAAGGUGGGAGGGAUGUAAGGUAUGAAUUUGGUGAAGCCCAAGAGUUGGGUCUCUUUAUUGUUUUCUGGGACAGGGUGAACAUGUACAUAUGCCUUUUUUUGCUUUGUAGAUUUUUGUUUAAUCUUGACAUAUGAAUAUAUAUUAUAUAUAUAUGACCUUAAACAUCACGUUUUUGGUUAAUUGUAAUCAAAUUACUUUCUAAACCAUAAAAGAAACAAACAAGUUAAGUGACAUUGUUUUUGCAUUUCAUUUUACUGCUGAAAUGGUUGCUGGUGGGUUUUCUUUGUACAUAACUUAAAGGGCCAGCUCACAUUUAGCUAACCUAUAGGAUAUUAACAAUUUGUACAGCAGAGGAAUGUCAUGGUAUUAGCUCUGGAUCUGUUAAUCCUCUUUUUAUUCUCCAUCUACAUUUUGAGUAUUUCUCAGACUGCUGAAAAUGUGCAGGGGUGUGAGCAGUGCAGGAGGGGAGGGAGGGGAUUUGGAGAGCAUUAACUGAAACAUUUAAAGCCUGUGUGUUUGUGCACUUUGUGAGGUGCCGAGUGAUCAACAUCACCUAACUGGAGUCAAGGAUAGCAGGGAUCCCCCCCCCUUCAAAUUCAUUAACUUGUUUUUUUUUUUCUUCCUCAUCCUCAGUCUGCUAGUGGAUAGGGAGUGCUGUGCGGCCUCACAGUGAGUGUGCUUCAGGACAUUGGCAACUCAGCACAUCAUUCUUAAUUCCCCCCCCCUUCUCUCCAUGUUUGAGCAUUUCCUCUUUGAGGGUUUAUAAUUCCAGUACAAUGAUGAGUGUAAAGCAUUGUGGGUAGCAGAGUACUUUGGGCAUGUUGGGUCGUCCUCAUGGUGCUGAAAAAGCAAAACUGAUGAAACCAGAUACAGAUACAUUUAAACAGGCAAAUGAGAAACCAUCUGAGUGCAGACAACAGCACUUAGAUAGAUAGCCCACAGUUCCUCCAUACGCAUUGAACAUGCAUGUUACUCCACUGGCUGUGCAUGAUGCUAUACUAAAGAUGUUGUACUGGAAUUGUUUCUUUUCUCCAAGUAUUUAACAACAUUGAAAUGUCAAAUUGAACCAUUGGCUGUAUGGCUGUAUGCUGAUUUUGACUUCAGUUUCAGCAUAGAGCGUGUGGGUGCUUUCAGAAGUGUCAAAGGCCUGGGCCCUACAAUCUAAAUAAAGAAAAAAAAACAACA